UAAAUUAGCUUACAAAUUUUUAUUUUAACAAGUUGAAAUUUAAAUCUUAAUUAAUUAUAUUAUUGUCAACAUAUGUACAGGAUUUUCAUGGCAGAAAAGCGGUUCGAAUAUAGAUACACCACAGAGGAGGAACUUGAAGAACUGAAGCAUAGAGAAUUUUCUGGAUGGAUGCUUACUUAUGUGAGUGCUUUAAACAAAUUAAAAUAUUAUCUAUCACAUAUUUAUAUUAAUUCACAUAUAUUGAUAUAACAUAUAUAUGUGCUAUUAAUAGGUGUCUGCUGGUAUGACCAGAGGUGAAACAUUUGACGAUUGGAUACGCGAGAUGGUGCGUGGACCAGAGUAUGUUGUGAAGUCAUAUCCGAGAUUUUGUACUCGAGGAUAUGCAUUCACAACUCAAAAGAGGAGACGUUCGAGUACGACUUAUGAUGCUGGCGUUUGUUCUGCAUCUGGAGAUGAUGUAUACUACGGAAACAUACGGGAGAUUAUGGAAAUCAAGUAUCCGGGCAUGGUUGGAUUGCGUUGUACUGUUUUUUAUUGUGAUUGGUACGACAAAACUCCAGAUCGAGGUGUGAGAACAGAUGCAUUUGGUGUUACAUCAGUACAUUCGAGGCGAAAGUUGCAAUAUUAUGAUCCUUUCAUUCUUGCUUCUCAGGCCGAUCAGGUAAUUAAAUAUAAAUAUAUCAAUUAUUCAUAAUGAUUCAUCAUCAUGUGUAUUAAUAACACUUAUUUACAAAUUAAAUAAUUUUUUAAAUGUUACAGGUCUGUUAUAUCAAGUACCCCCGGGUUAGGAACAGAGAUGAUCCAUGGGUCACUGUUACUUCACUCAACCUGAGAGGCCGAGUUCAGGGAAGUUCUGAGCUGGAAGACCCACUACAACCAAGCACAUCCGGUAACUUAAAUGCAGCAGAAGAUUUAGUUGCAGUUGGCCUUGUAGUCGAUUUAACCGACUUUAGAGAUGAAGCCGUCGUUCAGCCACUGUCGGGAUUCUUCAUUUCCCGCUCCGGUUUUUGCUCCCGCUGCUGCACCCUCUCCCGUUGCUGCACCCCCUCCCACUGCUGCACCCCCUCCCGCUCCUCCAGUCGUUCCGGGAGUGAUGACUGUUGCCCAGUUGGUUCAACAGCCCGGUCGUGAGCAUCUUCCCUAUCUCACUCCGUGUCCAAAGGGACGACUUCAAACAUGGUAAUUUAAAGUCUUUUUUUUUCCUUUCAUUAAAAUUUGAUUCAUUAUUAAUAAUUUGUUUCUUAUAUUAGGUUCAACCGAUCCGGGAACGGGAUCAGCGCAUGGAUCAACAAUAUGAUGUACUCGAACCUCAGCAAGGAUAUCCGACUUUCACUCACUUCCCUGCCGAGGACCAGGAGAUGUGGUUUCGUCAGUUUGCGGUAAGUAUUCUAAUUUUUUUACUUAUAUUUUUUAUCUUUAAUAUAAAAUUUCUACAAAUUAUGUUUUUUUUUCAGCAAGAGUUCACCUGGAAUCCCGAUCACACGAACUUUAUCCGUGACGCCUUCGUCCAUAAAGUUAUGGACAACUAUGGGAAGCAGAUCUACGAGUGGAAGCAGAAGUGGCUCAUCAACCAGGUUUUUUUUAAUUUAUUAAACAAUUUUUUGAAUUUAUUAAACUAGUUUUGGAUUUAUUAAACUAUUUUAUAUUUUUUUAUUAAAAGGUCCCGAAGUCGAUUAACAGCACGGUCUGGGAGGAGUUGUGUGUGCAUUGGGAUAGGACGAGACGAAAGCUACCUCUGUGACCAACUCCGCCAACCGAAAGAGCGAUCGUGGCGGGAAGGGCAUGUACAAGCACAAUUUGGGUGCCCAGAUUAUUGCCACUCUGGGGAUCGCUUGGUAAGUUCAAUCUCUCUUUUUUUUUAAUUAUUUAAGUAUUUUAUUUUAAUUUUUAUGCAUUUCUUCUAAUUUCUAAUGUUUGUUUAACUUUUGUUUUUUUCAAGGCGGAUGAAAAUGAUGGCGAGCCGGUUGAUGAUUUCGUCCUAAUGAAGACGGCGCAUACCAACAAGCACACCGGGGAGAUUGAUGAUGGUGUUGUGAGGGAUGUGCUCAGCCUGAUCGAAACUCAGAAGGAAGACGAAGAGACCCGUCUAUCUCAGCUUCAAACCGACCUGGACGCCACUUCGACGGCUUCGACCAACUUGUCCCGGAUUCGAAUCAACGAAAUCGUUGAAUCGUCGGUUCCAAAGAAGAAGGGACGUUUGGUCGGUUUGGGUCGUCGAGCCCGGUCAGUUCCUCCUUCUGCACCACAGCCCUAUGUUGAUCCAGAAGUGCUUAUGGACCCGUUGAAGGACAAAGAUGACCGCAUAGCUGCGUUGGAGCAAAAGAUGGCGGAUCAAGAGGCGGGAUGGGAGGCAACGAGGAAGCAGAACGAGCAAAUGAUGGAGAUGAUGAAGAGGAUGUACCCGAACGAGCCGUUCCCAUAGUUUCUUUCUUUUUUUUUCAAAAACUCUGAAUGUUUUAUUUUGGUAUGUAAAACUUUGAAUAUUAUCAUGUUUUCUAUUUCAAUUUUAAUUUUAUUUUUUCGAAUUUCAAUUAAAAAAAUAAAUUUUUAAUUUUUAAAACAAAAUUAUUUUUGGGAACAUUCCGAGGAAGUGUAUCCCUCGCGAUAUUCCGACGCAACUUCCUCGGAAUUUUCCGAGGGACAUAUCUCCUCAGAAUAUCCCGACGGAUACACUUCCUCGGAAUAUUCCGACGGCAAAGGUUUCUCGGAAUAUUCCCGUCGGAAUAUUCCGAUACCUCUUUUCUCUCAGAAUGUUUCCGAGGACCGUUCCAUCGGAAAUAUCCGAGGAGAUACCGAGGAACAGUCCUAGGAAAUGUUUCUUCGGAAUGUCCUCGGAAUCUUUAAUUCUCGGUAUUCCCUUGGAAUUUUCAAAGGAAAUUCCGAGGAAAUUUUACUUUCCUACGAGAAAUUUCCGACGACCAUUCUCGUCGGUAUGUCCUCGGAAUAACGGUAUUCCGAGGACAUACCGACGAGAAUGGUCGUCGGAAUCCCGGUGUUUUCUUGUAGUGUUGAGAGAUUUGUGAUUGGAACUCCAUUUGAUUCAUCUAUUCUAUUCUAUGCAGUUUUCAUUUACAUUUUGUGUCAUGAAAUGCUUAGCUAUGUCUGAGUAGUUCACUUGUUAGAUUCAGGGUUCAAAUAGGUUAGAGGGAUUAGCCCCAACUAUUGAUUGCUAUGUUGUGGUAUUUAUUGAUAGAUUGAUCUUAAUGCUUGUUCUAGAUUAGCUACCUAGAAUAUUGAAUCUAGGAAUCUGCAUGAGUCAAGCAACCUUGACCAUCCAGUCCUGAAUCUAAUCUGUCAGACUAGACGAUAGGAAAAAGUCUACCGCUGAACCAGGAAGCUAGUGGUCAUUAUCAACUUGCGCCUAGGGCUAAACUAGAAGCAUCGAUCGAUACUGUCUUCUGACAAUCGAUCGAUCUUGCGAAAGGUGUAUCGAUCGAUGUCCCUAUAGGACCAUCGAUCGACACUUUCUUGUGGUCAAAAAACGACAGUUGAGAUCCAAGAUCUAGUUAGUUAACUAGUGAAACAUUGCCAUUGCUGAUCACUGUGUUAAGGGGUUGAGUUCUAACAUAUAAUGCAAGCAACUGAUAGGCAUCUAUAGGAUUAUAAUCUCCAACACCUGAAUAGAAACCCUGCAUCUAAUAUCUUUCCAAUAAGUUACACCCCCAAUCAUCUUGUUAGUCGAGCAAUAGACUUGCUCAUUUAGGAUUGCUAUUUACUUUUAAACCAAUAAAUAACAAAAACCUUAGAAUUAAUAAUCAUGUAGAUUUAAUAGGUUCCCUAGCUCCUUGUGGAUUCGAUCCCUAAGUACUACAAUUGAACCUCUUAUUUGAGAGAGUAAUUCACUCCUUAGGGUAAUUUGAGUGGUAUCAAUCGAUAUUCCUCUAGAAUCAUCGAUCGACACUUAGAUCCGGUCAAUACCCAAACGUAGAAAGCGAACGCCGAUUGGUUUGUUCAUAAGCGUUUGAGCUCUAUAAUAUCAUGCAUACAACUGUUAGGCAUCUGUAGGAUUAUAAUCAUGAUUACCAAAAUAGAAAAUCU